CCCAGCUUUGCAAUCAGCUUCCACAUGAAGGCUGUAAAUCUUGACACACACCCCUUUUCAGAUCUGAGGGCAGACCCACAGCUAAAGAUUCAUCUCUCUAGGUGGCUACUGAGAGAACACGGUUGGCCAAAGGAGACGAGCGCAACGGCAGAGGUCUGAGAUGUGCAUGGCAAAGCAGGUUGAUCAAAGCCACCGUCCCCCUCUGGAUGCUGCCAUUUUAAAUUAGGCUCAGUGUCGGGGAGGAUGUGAAAGAUGGCUGACCACUCUCAAAUCACUUUUGGUCAUUUGACUGCAAAGUUUUCUUCGCAACCGUACCCUCAGCAGGGAGGCGAACCUGCUAGUUCCCAACAGUUAGCCAACCACCUUGCUGCUCCCAGCAAAGAAGAUGACUGGGAAGGCGUAGAUGGAAAUGAACUGAUCUUUGCCUUAGAUGAUGAGGAAGAUGCAACUCCUGACUCACCCGACCACUUUUCUAUGUGUGAAGAUUUUGGGAAAGAGGAUGAACAUCAGGAAGAGUCCACAUUCCACAUGCCAUCCCUUCUGCCGUCUCCUCCUGAACUGGAUUUCUUGCCUGCCCUCCCCAUUUCCAGUUCACCCAGUUUAUCACCCCAGAGAUCAACAGGCCUUGUAAACCCUCAAGGCCCCAAGCCAUUAAUCAACUUAGUGAAAUCCCUCUCAACUGAAAUUGAGCCCCGGGAUGCCUCUUCCCUCAAGCCCCAACCUUUGCUGAGCUUGGUCAAAUCCAUUUCAACCGAGAUUUCCCGCCUGGAGCCGGAGGUGACGCAGUCAAAGUCAGACUCCAAGCUCAAUGUUCAUCGAUGGCGGCAGAUCACCCAUCCCAAGGGCAAAAAUGGGGAUUCUAGGACGGCUCCCUCCUCCCCCAACAUUUCCCCCUCAGAGAGCAAAAGCAGCUUCUUCAAGGCUCAGGAAGCCAAAUUUGAGGACACAAAAAGGCGGUUUUCAGAGGCCAUGCAUGAACCCCUUAGCAGACUCAGCAAAAUCAUGGGGGAUGAGAAUAAUGUUUCACCAAAACACAGACCCUCACUUUCUGGCAACCAUGCCCACGAUUCCCCUUCUAGCCACAGCAAGGAGACCAUUUUGGAAGACAAAGAGAGCCCCACCCAGGAGACCAAUCUGUAUGGUGCUGUUCCAGGACAGCCAUCUGGGAGGAGUCAAGUGGAGGACUAUUGUCCCAAUGAACAGAAAUUGGGUCCCUCCUUGAACAGCCAGUAUGACAUCUGCUCCUAUGGAGAUGUCAUCCAAGUGGUGGAGGUUGCUGCGGACAAAAGCAGUGGCACGGAGGAAGUGCGGAUGCUUCCACCUCUAGACAUCCCCCGCCCCACCAAGCCUUGUAGCAGAGUGCCAUGCAAAGCCCUUGCCUGCGUCGCCAUCUUGGCCUAUCACUAUUUUGUGCUGCCGCUGCCUCCUUACAUCUCAGGCCUCUGCCUUGGCUUGGCAUGUGGGUUCAUGCUGGGCUUCCUCAUUAUUCUUCUGAUGAUGCCAAAGCGUUCCUUGUCUCCACGGAAAAGGCGGACACCUCUAGACCAGCUGCCAUCAGAGACGCUGAAUCAGCAGCCCCAGGAACCCAACAUCCUUAAGGGGUGGAUGAAUGAAAUGUAUUUCUACGAUCCGGAGAUCUACCACCCGUCGCUUACCCACUCUGUGUUUGUGACCUUGGAAGACACCAGCAUGACGCUCUCCUACCCCAAGAGCAACAUCCCCCGGCGAGCCACCUUUGAGGAAGAGGACUUCAAGGUGACUUUGGUUAGUCACCGCCAUUAUGAAAUGAUUGGUGCAAAGGUCUUCCUCUUCCCACCUGGGCUGGCUCGCAAGAGGAUGUGGAACAAGAAAUACCCCAUCUGCAUUCUCCUCCCAGAGCAAGAUGACUUGAGUAGCAAAGGCUCCAGUGAGCAUGACUUGGAGCACUCAAGAGAGAAGGCUGUGAAGAGAAGGCUGUCACCAGUCCAAGAGACCCCUCCAACGCAUCCAGCUGAGCCCCAGGAAAGGACUCUUUACCUCUUUGGCAGAACAGGGAGAGACAAGGAGGAAUGGUUCCAGCAUCUUGCAAGGGCCUCCCGGGCAGAAUGCUGUGAGCCGCGUAACGCCGUCACAGGUUUAAACCAGCUCAGCCCAACAGGAAAGGGGACAUGCAGCAGUGGCAGCAGUAGAGGCAGCACUGACGACCUCCUAUCUCUCAUCAAGCCCAAGGACCUGGUUGUUAAUGUCCGGGAGAAGCUCCUUUUGGAUUACAACAUGUACAUGUCCCGAAUAGUCCCAACAGGGACAUGUUCCAGCCCACCCGAGAGCCCCUCCCACAGUACGGCAGGCAGCCCAACACCCAAAAAGUUCUUUGGGGAUACGAAUGUCACGAGUGACACACACACGGCUUGGGCCAAUGCGGUGCUUGGGAGAAUGUUUUGGGACUUCCUACGGGAAAAAUUUUGGGCAGACCUCGUUUCAAACAAGAUUCAGAAGAAACUAGGCAGAAUCAAGCUGCCGUACUUCAUGAACGAGCUCACGCUCACUGAACUGGACAUGGGGACUUCCAUCCCACAAAUCCUCAGCACGUCAAGCCCGACCAUUGAUAACCGAGGGCUUUGGGUGGACAUGGAAGUGACCUACAGUGGAUCCCUGCAGAUGACCCUGGAAACGAAGAUGAACUUGUACAAACUAGGCAAAGAAGCCCUGGGAGAGGAGAGUGGAAAGGCAGACGAUGGCAGGGAAGGUGUGAAGCCCCGCUUAGUCCUUCUGGCUGACAGUGAUGCAGAGUCCUCCAGCGCUGGGUCCUCUGACGAGGAAGACAUCCCCAACAUGGAGCCCUCAGGGGUCCCAGGAGAAAGGGGUACCCCUCCUGGGGCUGAAGGCCACGUCAGCGGAAACAGCACCAGCCGGAAGAUCCUGCGCUUUGUGGACAAGAUUGCCAAGUCCAAGUACUUCCAGAAGGCCACCGAGAACGAGUUUAUUAAGAAGAAGAUAGAGGAGGUCUCCAACACCCCCUUGCUCUUGACGGUGGAGGUCCAAGAGCUGACAGGCACGCUGGCUGUGAAUAUCCCACCGCCCCCAACUGACCGAAUCUGGUACAGCUUCCGGACUCCACCACAGCUGGAUCUGAAGGUCCGCCCAAAACUGGGGGAACGAGAGGUCACCUUCAUCCAUGUCACAGAAUGGAUCGAGAAGAAGCUUCAGCAUGAAUUCCAGAAAAUUUUAGUGAUGCCAAAUAUGGACGAUCUCAUCUUACCCCUCAUGCAUUCUGGUUUGGAAUCCCAGCUGCCCACAGAAGGACUCCAAAAGGAAUUCCCAGGAGAGAGCGCAGCAAAAUUUUGAGGGACUGCCCACUGGUGGGUUGGCUGGCUCAAGAUGCUUGAUGGGGUCCUCCAGGAUUACCAGGGCCUGCGAACCCAGCAUCAUCCUUGAGCCAUACUGCUGGUCUCAUCUCUGCCGUUCAGCUUGUCGUUCAGGGGCUUCUCUCCAGUAAAAAAGGUCCCCUCCCACCCAUCCUAUGGAUAUUUCACAGGAUACAUUUCUCAAUGAGGAGGAGCUGCUCAAAGAUUCUCCCUUACAAGCACCAGAUUCCUACCACUGCAAGGAGGAAUUUCUGUAGUGCUAUUAUUAGCUUUGCAAAGGGGGGGGGGGAGUAGGGGAGAUUCCCAGCCCACUUCCACCUAGGUCCCGUCUUUGCAAAUAACAGCCAUGCUAAGCAUCUUUUAAAUGUCAGAACUGUCAUUAAAACUGAAGAGGCCAAAGGAUAGAGGGGAUGACAAGGAAAGAAAGGGCUCUUUCUGCAAGGCAUCUGAAGUCUUCCUAUUUCCACCCAGGUUUGCAAUGGCGGGGAGAGAAAUCCCAAAAGCUGAACAUCGAGCUUCUGAGUGAACCGUCUCUCUGACCUCCUUGCUACUCACAGGCCAGAGGAAAGGAAACUGAGAGAGUUAACAGUAGAUGCAUUUGUAUUUCCCCCGGGAAGGCAUGCAAGGAACGUGUGAAGAACAUCACACAACUCUUUACUCUGUGAAAAUUCUCCCUUCUCCUGAUGAGGGGAGGUUUAAGAGAAUUCAAGCCUCGAAAUUGAUGAGGAAAGUGUGGAGUGCAGGUUGAGACCAAGUGAGAACGUAUCACCACUUGUAACAGUCAAGGCUCCCCCCAAAAAGAAGGAAUCCCAGGAACUUUAGUUUGUAAAGCUGUUGAGAAUGGCAGCUCCAUGCAGGGAAUAGGGGAGCUCCUAAGGCACUCUCCGUGAAUGGGGUGGAAUAACAUAUUGACAACACAACGUACGUAAUUCAUUACGUGGCUUUUUAAAAUUCAGAUCACAAAUUCUGAGGAGGGUAUUUUUGGCAGGAAAGGAUCAGCCUCCCCUCACCCUGGCGAUGCCCCAAUUGUGAUCCAGAACAGCGCCAUCCCCUUCCACGGCUGGUGACUGAUUGCGAAGCUGGUGCUGCUGACCAGAGGGAUUUAAAAACGCACUCACAAUUGCAUCUAGACUAAUCCUUAGGAUGCCUGAGCAUGUGGACUCUGCAUCUGGGACACUCCAGGGCUGGAGGCUGUGGCCAAUUUCAUGACAGUCUUUGGUGGGGGUAGGGAGGAGGUUUUCAAAGCUCCACAACGUCCUUCUUGGAGGUGUACUAUUUACUGCUGUGAGAUGAGAGACUAUCGAAAGCGGCAACCAAGGAACCAUGAGUGGAGGAACAAGGCAAGCGUGGCUUCUGGAGGCUUAGCCCUGUUAGAUAACACUCAGUUAGAUAGCACUCAGAUGCUAAAGAUAAUGGACUGCCUAUGUUAGAAAGAGAAGUAUAUUGUGUUCAUUCCUGAAAUCUUUCCAUGUUGUGCCGCAAGAGGUGGCUCUACUUUCUCAAUAGUUAAAUAUACCCUCUGCCUGUCUAGAGCACCCCAGCCCACCUUUGCAACCCUGCCUCUAAACCAGCCUUCCUAGUACCCUCCCACAAUAUUGGACUACAUCUCCCAUCAACCCCAGCUAGCAUAGCCACUAUGGACUACAAUCCCCAUCAGCCCCAGCCAGCAUGGCUAAACUGGUGGGAACUGAUUGGAGUUGCAGUCCAAAACAGCCUAAGGGGACCAGGUUGGGGAAAGAUGCUCUAAACCAGGCAUCCCCAAACUGCGGCCCUCCAGAUGUUUUGGCCUACAAUUCCCAUGAUCCCUAGCUAAGAGGACCAGUGGUCAGGGAUGAUGGGAGUUGCAGUCCAAAACACCCUAAGGGGACCAGGUUGGGGAAAGAUGCUCUAAACCCAUGUCAUGUCCCAGGAGGUUUCACAUCAGGGACAUUUAGCAAUGCAAAGGAAGCCAAACCAGCUGUGACAGCUCACCCGGCAGCAUGAAGUGGGUUUUAGAGGUACUGUUUCCGUUUCCCAUGCAAUAAAACAUUUUGACAGAGCAAUAGCUUUGGAAAGUCACGACAAUGAAAUGGUCGCAUCUAAUCAAAGGGCUUUACAAACCGUGGAUGACGUGCGAGCCAGAGGCAACUAGAAAUGAUGGGGAAGGUGAAGGGAAAUAAAGGUUUGCAUUGAUCCCUGGGGUGUGUUUGCUUUGGUUAUUCCUUGUGUCUCUUGCAUUUUGUCUCUGUCAAAGUACCCAAAGAGGCAGAGCUCCUCGUUCUGAUUGUAAGAGCUGUUCAACAGUGGAACGGACUUCCUCAGGUGGUGGACUCUCUUUCCUUCAAGGUUUUAAAGCAGAGGUUGGAUGGCUGUCUGUCAUGGAUGCUUUAGUUGAGAUUUUUGCAUUUCAGGGAGUUGGAUUAGAUGACCCUCUAGGUCCAUUCCAACUCUACAAUUAUACGAUUCUAUUAUUCUAAGUCCAGAUGAUGCUAUAAAUGCAUAGCCCUGAAAGACUUCUGAGACAA